AUGCUCCUCUCCCGCGCCCGCCGCCUCGACCUCGCGCCGCCUCCCUCGCAGGUCGCAGGGCCUCACCCAGCCCCCGCGCACCAGGCGGCCCUGAGCGCACCGGGACAACAACAAAAAAAGUGCGCCCGGCCCACGGAGACACUCUUUGGCUUCGGUUUACAAACCCCCGCUCUGGAGGGAAAAGGAAAAAAAAACCCUCUGCCCGCCGCCACCUCUCACCUCGCCCCCCCCGCAGCCCCCUCCCACCGCUCUCGCCGCCGCUGCCGAGGCUGCCGCCCCGGUGCGCCCCGGCGAGGCAUUUUCGCACCACGCCACUGCCGAGAGAGGGAGCGAGAUGGACGCGAGAUAACCGCGCGGAGGGAUCCGCGCGGAGGCGACACUCUGCACCCGACGGGACGCCUCACGCUGGCGCGAAGAUGCCUCCGCCAGCCUUAA